GACCGGGGAGGCUGCCUGCGCGUAGCCCUUUUGUGCCCCGGCCACGCGCAUGCGCAUUGCGACGCGGAAGGAGGCAGCGCAGCCAUGUGGGGCAGGGGUAGAGCGGGCAGCCGGAAAUAAUUAAGCCGAUCCCUUGGCAAACCAGCCAGUGUUCAGCCUACAGAGCGCGCUUUCCCACCGUGGUGACUGCAUGGAAGCGUACAAAAGAAAAAUCGUCCCGUCUCUCCUGGGGGAGUGUUCCUGCCUGUGACUUUUUGGGCUGUUCUUGCUGAAAAUGGCAUUUCGGUUUAAUUUUGCUAUUGAGGAAAAUGAAAGCACUGAGCCAGGUGCUCAGGGUGAGGCAGACUCGCAGCUGGACCCUCCAAAACACGAGCAAACCGCCCAUGCAGCAGCAGCCUGCAGCCUCCAGCCGGGCACCGCAAAGCAUGCAGGUAAGGGACUGUCAGAGAACAAGUUGUGCUCCCCGGCUGCCAGGGAGCACCAUGUUCCCAAAGAUGUCAGCAAAGUACUGGAAAAUAAAGUCUUGGAAACCAUGUCAGACCUGCGUUACGUAAACAUGUCCAUGGUGGAAAUGGCGUGUCAGGAUGACACACAUGGGGAAGACAUCGUGUCGAAAAGCGUCUCUGCUCACUCUGAUCUCAUCCCAGGGGUCUACGAGGGGGGGCUGAAAAUCUGGGAGUGCACCUUCGAUCUCCUGGAGUACCUGUCUGAGGCUGACCUGCAGUUUGCCAACAAGGCAGUGCUGGAUCUUGGGUGUGGGGCUGGACUGCUGGGAAUAGCUGCAUUACGGGGAAAAGCUGGAAAAGUCCACUUCCAGGAUUACAACAGCACCGUGAUCGAUGAAAUAACCUUGCCUAAUGUGGUGGCUAACUGUGUAAAUGAUGGCAAUGGGACUGGUGCGGGAGAUGAUAGAAAAAUUGUUAAGCCUCCUUCAAAGAGGCCCAGGAAAGCAAAGUGCUUACCUGACGCGCUCAGCAAAUGCAGAUUUUUUUCUGGAGAGUGGUCAGAAGUCAGCCGGCUCCUGCUCAGCAGCAACGAACCCUGUUCAAAAUACGAUGUCAUUCUCACAUCCGAGACCAUCUAUAACCCUGACUACUACGGUGCUUUGCACGAUACACUGUCUCAGCUGUUGGACAGAAACGGCCGCGUGUACUUGGCAAGCAAAGCACAUUACUUUGGGGUCGGUGGUGGCAUCUACCUCUUUGAGAAAUUCAUUGAGGAGAGGAAGGUGUUCAGAAUCAGCAUGGUUAAAGAAAUUGAUAAAGGACUGAAGCGGUUUAUCAUGGAAAUGGCCUUUAAAGAUUCCAGUUAAAAUUAAUUCAACCACUGGUGAUUCAAAAAUAUCUUAGUAAAGAACUACUUUAAUCCUC